UUCAAUAUGAAUGCCAUACGUGAUUGCAAGGGCCAGGUUAAUUGUGAGUGCAGCUCACCCUCAUCCCCCUCCCCCAUGUGGCAACAGGCAGGUAACGAGCAGGGGAAAGCGCUGUGCGGUGUGAGAAGCACAGGCUCCUCCAGCUCGGCUCGGAAUUAGCAUUGUAGGAGGCCCGUUUGCUGUAACAAUCACUGCCGUGCGCUGUUGGCUCGUCCCUUCCCCCUCCCUCAUUGCAAACUGCGGAGCUUCGUUCGCAACAGCAGCAGCAGCAGCAAAGACCAACGAGCCGCUCGCAUCGACAAGUGCUUUCAUCCCAGGAACACCCCUUCCAAAACAAGGCGAUUGAUCGGGGAGUCCGGCUUAUUUGCAGAUCGAAUAUUCUUAAGACCAACAGCUCAGAGCAUCGGAGGCGCCAUUUUCCUCCCUCUGCGGCUCGGAGCCGAGACCGGGCUGCUCGCCUCCCGUUUGCUGCUUGAGUUGACAGAUCAGAGCAUGCCAUUUUCAGGACCCCGGGAGCUUUGGGACUAGUUAAGAUUGCAGGUUAUCGGCACUGGACAUGGGUUAGUUAGUAAGUGGCAAUUGGUGAUUUUUCUUACGACUGAUUUCAAUUAUUGUCUAAGAACAAAAAAUGUGUACGUGUUCAGUGAGAAGGAGUCGAUGGUGCAAUUCGGUUGUUUGAAAAAAAAAGUCCGUCUUUUUGGUCGGAUUGGAGUGGAGCUAGAGAGCCUCUAGCAUCGGAUUCCAGCAGCUGCAGUUCUCAGCCUCAACUCAUUGUAUCUCAGCGCUUUUACGGAGGGUGCAGAGUACUUGGACGCUGCAGAAAAAAAAUAUAUAACAUACAACCAACUCCAACAUGACAGAUCUGACAUGGUCGACUUUUAAAGGCAACUGGAUUACCGGAGGCGGAUUUGACAAAAUAAUGAAGUAAACGAUUGUAGUUUGUGUUUUAUUUGGGAGAUCGGAUUACUUUGGAGUGACGGGGGACACUGAAAAGUGCUGAAUUCCUGCUCUCCGCAAUCCCUGUGCCUUCGCACUGCUGGGAUGGAGCAGAGGGAGGCGGCGUUGGGCUGCAGGCAGAUACCGGCUGAUGGGGACUUCAGGUCGGCCGGCAGCAGUACCAAGUCCGCAGUCUCUCCUGGAGCUUUGAUGCAGUCGUCUGGGAGCCAGAUGAACGGGGGAAGGCUGGAUCAGGACGACGAGGAGAGUGCCUGUGGUAGUCAGGACUCCAACUCCAUCACAGACAGCGAUAAAUCAAUGCAGGGAGACGGCCUGGAGGAACACGAGUUUUCCAUCAAGGAGGCGAACUUCACUGAAGGCAGCCUGAAACUAAAGAUCCAGACCACCAAACGGCCCAAGAAACCUCCCAAGAACCUGGAGAAUUACAUCUGCCCUCCGGAGAUCAAGAUCACCAUCAGGCAGCCAGGGGACCAGAGAAGCUGCAGGCCGAGCAAUAGUAAAAAGACGUCAAAGGGAGAUGAAAAGAAAAAAAAGGGUCAACCAAGGUCUCACAAGCAACCAGAAGUGCGAUUCAGUGAAAUUCCCUCAAGGGUGCAACAUGACUUCAUUGCUGACGGUGUGAAACCAAAGUACCAGGAGAGACUUAAUCAGGUCCAGCUUGAAUGGUCGUCAUCUUCUGGAAUCUCCCCUACUUUUCAGAGUAAUAUAACAGAUGUUGAUGCUGAAAGGGAAGUAGCAAGCACUGUUAAUACAAGUUCCAUUUCAGAUCAAUUUUGUGACCUUUCAAAUGCACAAAUGAACAAACGUAUUACUGGCUGUACUUGGAAUCAGUUCAUAAAGGGCAAUGCUGGGCUGUCCAUUGUUAAUGCUAACCGGCUGGUGAGUCCUAAAUUAUCCACUAGUCACCAAGAGCCCACGGUUACGCAUACUAAAUCAGUGGACAAAAACAAAGAGUCCACCGAGCAAAAACGUGGGAGUGGGUCAGGAAAAUCCAGCAAAAGAGACACCAGAUGCUCUAAAAACCAGCCAGUAGACGGCUCUGUUGAAUGGGACAAAAAUAGCCAGAAAGGACCAGAGUUAGAAUUUCAUGGGACAGCAAAAGGUAAGAAGGACAUUUUAGCAGGUCAUGUUGCAAACACCGAGCCACCAUCAAGAGCAUCUCCCACCAGGCCCAAUGCAGUGAGCAUUCAAGAAAAGGAUUCAGCUUCUGUAAUGAUUAGAAUCCCGCUAAAGACACAGGCAGCACUGUUUGCUCGCAGCAGAACAAGAAAAGGAAGGUUAUCAAAAACAAUCUUGGAUAAUAGACUUCAGCCAGAACCCAUAUUUGCUGAAUCAAAUAUUAAAACUGCUAUAGGUAGCAAUUUCCCCAAUGGUGUAGACACUAUAAGUAACAGCAGGAGCCAGUUCAGUAGCAAGAUCAUUAAGCAGCAAAAUAGGAGUGCAGAGAUUGAACUGAGUCAAACCAAUCUACCAGUGGGAAGAGCCUGUGAAUUAACUGACCUCUCAAACAGUGGCAGUAGGGUGAGAAAGCCGACUGCAAUAUUGGCAUCACCCGUUUUCAUCGAUCCCACCAAAAGCAGAAGAGGGCCCACCGAGAUGAAACAUUCAAAAUAUGCAACUAAAACCAGCACUAUUUCUGCCAAAUGUAAAACUUUGAGUCUUCUGAAGGAAAACUGUGUCUUGCAUGAAAAAAGCACAGUAAUGGAGCCUCCGUCGGCCUAUCCUAUAACCCCAGCUAGUCCGUUGUAUUCUAACACAGAUAGUCUCACAGUCAUUACUCCAGUGAAGAAGAAAAGGGGAAGACCAAAGAAGCAGCCUUUACUUACAGUGGAGACAAUACACGAAGGAACUGCCACAAGUCCAGUAAGCCCCAUCUGUUGUGAAUCUCCCAAUGGCAGUAAGAAAAAGAAAAAAAGAAAAAGCCCUGGUAAACUGAUACCAAUAGAUGCUGUCACCUUAGAGUCUAAUCAAAUGUCAUUUCCCAAAAAGGAUGGGAAAAUAAAUGUCCUGGAUAAGAAAACAAUCAAAACUAUCAAUAAAAUGAAAACGAUGAAGCGGAAGACUAUUUUGAAUCAAAUUCUGUCUUAUUCUAAUAAUACAGUAGUGAAAAAGAAAGUACCGUCCUGUAGUACUGCUUCAGCAAUCUCAUCUGCCCUAGAGACCAAGUUAGGAAAACAGAUCAAUGUUAGCAAGAGAGGGACUAUUUAUAUCGGCAAAAAAAGAGGAAGAAAACCAAAAGCCAUGGGACAACCGCAGCAAAUUGGAAACAAAAGUGCUGAGAAAUAUUCAAAGCCGAUUUCUGCCCAUUCAGAAACUCCAACCGUGCCUUUUGGUUCACAGCUGUCUAGAGCAAUGUCACCAACCGCUGCACAACCAUCACCUCCCCAGGCAGUAGGGCCUGUAGGAAACCUCAGCCCGGUCAGCAGUGAAACCAACUUAUCUGAGUCAAAGGCAAUGCCAAACCUUCAGCCAAUUAGUGCACUUCCUACAAAAAUCCCCAAAAGCUUGCAUGCUAGCACUUGGAAAUUGUCUCCACCAAGGCUUCUGGCAAAUUCUCCUUCUCAUUUAUAUGAGGCAGCUUCUUUGAAGGAGGUUACGCUGUCACCUAUCAGCGAAUCUCACAGUGAGGAAACAAUACCUAGUGAUAGUGGAAUUGGAACAGAUAAUAACAGCACUUCUGACCAAGCAGAGAAGAGUUCAGAAUCACGCCGCAAAUACUCCUUUGACUUUUGUACACUUGAUCCCUCGGAAGGUGCAAUUGUAGAUCCUGGUGCAAAAGGAAAACACAGUCACAGACAGAAACACUUGCUUGUAGAUGAUUAUCACAUUCAUGAAAGCAUGAAGAAGCAGAAACAUAGACGGAAGAGAAAAAGCUUGCAGAUGCACAGCAGAGAUGAUCUGCAAUUCAUAGCGGACCUGGAAGAACUAACUGCAAAGUUCCAAGUAUUUCGUAUCUCUCACAGAAGCUACACCUUGUAUCCUGAUAAUCCAUAUCCCAGUAUUUUCAGGGUCAAUUUUGAUCACUAUUAUCCUGUGCCAUAUAUUCAUUAUGAUCCAUUACACUAUCUACGCCGGACAGCUGAUCUUAAGUCUAAGAAAAGACGUGGCAGACCUCCCAAAGCCCAAGAGACUAUGACAAAGGUGCCUUUCUUACAGGGUUUUGGUUACCCAUUACCCAGCGGGAGUUACUAUGCACCCUAUGGCAUGCCUUAUACGUCGAUGCCUAUUGCGACAGGUAUGAUGAACCUUGGGUAUUAUGGGCAAUAUUCAGCUCCUUUUUACUUGUCUCAUGCACUUGGGUCAUCAGCUCCCUUCAUGAGGCCAACAAUGCCUCCACCCCAGUAUCAUGCCAGCUCCCACUUAAAAAUGCCAGCCACUGCCAAACAUAAGGUAAAACAUGCCAUGCAUUUGCAGCCUUCACUAGGGUUGGAUUUAAACACCAUGCAGCCUUCUUUAACAUCACAAAGAGGUGAUGGUGGUGGUGCAGGAAUGCCCAGCAGCCGAAUUCAUAAACGCAAGCAUAAGCACAAGCAUAAACAUCGAGAUGACCGGCUCAUGGGGUCACGGGAAGACUUGGGUGAGAUUUUUGGGCACAAGUCAGAUUUUGCUAAAGCUUUAGUCCAUCAGAACCUAGAAAGCUGUGACAAAGAUCUUUCACUGGGUGCUGACAAAGGAAAACAUAAAGAGAAACUGAGACAGCAGCUUGUUGAACCAAUGCACACAGGACAAAAAGUUUCAAAAAACAUCUUUGAUAUAGAUACAUCUUCAAAAUUAGCAUUUUCUGAUUUACCACAAUGGACAAGGACUACAGAAAAAAAUGAUUCCAUCACUGAGUCUAUUGACGCCUGUGUAAGAAGGUACACAAGCACUGAGACUCGAACAAGGCGGGAUAUCUCCAUGGAUCUUUAUGGGGAUCUGCACUCUGCAAGCAGUCUGGCUGAAAAGCGGGAAAGCGAAUCAAAUGGGAAUAGAAAAAGGCACUUUGAGGGUUAUGGAUCUUAUCGGGAGAAGAAUGGACCUGUGCUAAGGACUAACAGAAAAGACUGGGGGCAAACUCUGUGCAGUACCCCUACAGCACCAGGUUUAAUAAGCUCACACUCCAAGCUGGACCAAAUGACGUUGCACAAACAUGAUAGUGGCCUUUCCAUUGUAACCAGAAAGAAAGCAAUUUCUACUGAAAGUAUAACAGGAUCAACUCUAUCAUCAUCUCCCUCACCUUCACCAUCACCAUCGUGUGAAUCAGUUAAAAGUCCUACUUCUUCACCGAGAAGAAAGCUGAAGAGAAGGGAAAUUGAAGCUAUUCAGUGUGAAGUCAGGAAGAUGUGCAAUUAUGACAAAAUUCUUGCAACGAAAAAGAACUUGGACCAUGUCAACAAGAUCCUGAAAGCCAAAAGACUGCAAAGACAGUCAAAGACUGGCAAUAAUAUAGUAAAAAAGAGGAGAGGCCGUCCGAGGAAGCACCCUUUGCCACUGGAUGAUGAUUUAACAGACCAGAUGCCAGUAUUGGAGAAGUGUGUGGAUCUUCCAAGUAAACGAGGCUUGAGAUACAAUUUAGCUCCUGAAAUGCUGGCUACAGCCAGUCAGGACACAGUCAUGGACACAAUUGAAGCUGUAAUAUGCAUGGUACAGCAACAAAAGCCUAAGUCAGAUAAAGGCACCAAGAGAAAGCAGAAAGAGGAAAGUGGACAAAAUGUGAAGAGACAUAGGAAGUCCAAAGAAACUGAAAAAGAGGCAAUCACCACAAAUUCUAAAAGGUACAACAGCUUGAAUAUAUCUGCCACCAGCUACCAAUCAACAGCCACCAGUCACUGAAACCUUCCUGCACUUUAAUAUUACUUGGUGAAUGAGAAGGGAAUGACUAAGAUUCAGAUGUUGGAAAAUUAAAAAAUGAUAACCAUUUUCUCAUGCAAUCCACCAUAUAAAAGGGAUGGCCUCAUUCCAGCAUUCACUGCAUUCUUUGCAAGUACCAGACACUCCUGUCAAUAUCUGGUAUUUCGACAUGUCAAUUAAGUUUCACAAUUUUGUACAAACAUUCCUUCUCCCUGUUAACUGAGCUCUAUCCAUGGACCCAUUAUUUGCAAAGUGAGCAACAUGUAAUGGCGUAUAAAAGGGUAAGCUAGUGCAAGUACUUUUGGCAGCCUUUUAGAAGAAUGUAUUAUUGAAAUGUUCCUUGGGAAGGCAGGCAGAAAUAACAUUACGCUUGCAACAGCGUUUCUUAUAUACUGGAUUUAUAAUCAAUAUAUGCUAGUUGAUAAAAGAAGAAAGAAAGAAAUUUUAAAAUAUUCUUGCCGACAUUCAGGCAAUACUGUACUCACAGAGCCUUAAAUGCAAAAGUGUUAUCCAUGUAAAGCACUUUCUGCUUCAGUUCAACAUAUGCUCUUGGAAACUCAGCAGAAACAAAAGUCAUAAAGGAAUUUUCAAUCAAUAAAUGUCCCUGGUUUAUUUUAUGUAUUGAAAAUAAAUGUUUCCCCCUUGAUGGACAACCAUGCCAGAAAGUGACAUUAAUCAGAAAUAAUGGAUCUGAAAGAGUUCCGUAGCACACAAUAUAUUCAGCCUAAACUUCUCAAGGGGUUUGCUGGAUUUCCUAUUUUCACCUACACUUAUCACUGGGCAUUUCCUUUGAGAAGCAAUAUCAUGAGAGGCUAUAAAAAAAAUUGAAUCAAAAUAUUCUUUUAACAGAGAGAUUUGCAUCAGUUCCCCAUCCCCACACUCCAAGAAAUAAUUAAUCUCCAACUCUCGCACUUGUCCCGAAAAUCUUUGAGCAAUUAAGUUCACAAGUGACUUUCUGUAAAGGUAGGAAUUGACGUUGUAAUCUAGAUCAUUUAAAAUAUAACAAUGUGUGCCCUAUCGUAUGGCCUUACAGUUUUCCAAAGUAAAUAGAUGUUAACGAAAAAAAUUAAAUAUAUAUUUUCUGCGAUUAUCUAAGUUUCACAGCAAGCUUAUUCAUGCAAUAUUUAUGUGACUGUUCUCCAAAAUUAUUACAUUUACACUAUGAGAAAUGGCCCAAAUUUGUGCACAGUAUUACUAUGAAAUUAGCUCUCACCUCUAAACACAUUGAAAAUAAACAUCUAAAAUACUCAAAGAUCAUAUUGAAUAUUUUCCAUUAAAAUGUAUAACAAAUUGUCACCAUCCCUUGCUCCAGCGAACACAGUGGAAUAUACAUUGGGACGGUCAGAUUAUAGAAAUUGUCUUAUCAAAUGGUAUACCCUAAUCAUCAAUUGUUAUUUCAAAGUCAAUCACUGAUGAAGAAAACAUUCUGCUGCAAAGGGAUGUCUUGUUUAACCACGUUCCAGUUCACAGUGUUAGUGGGGUCUCACCUUUUCCCAGACUAUUGUAUGCAAAUAAUCAGAUACUUAAUAUCAAAGACUUGGAUGUUUUACUUUAUCCCCAGAGUAGUGGUUAUCUUGUAUCCUGGUAAUUGUGUUUUUUAUUUCCUUUGUGAAAAUUCAAUGAAAACAUGUUACCUUAAGCUUUUGAAUUUCUGUAUUUAAUUUUCCCUUAUGCAAAAAGAAAUUAAGUGUUCUUAUGAUGAUAAUCCAAAACAUAUUUUCAAUUAUUUUUAAAAACGAGUAAUUGUGACUGCAGUUAUAUUUAGGCAAAAUGUUUAUAUCAUGGCAGCCUUAAUUCAGUCCAAAACAGUAACCUGUUGUACAUAAUGUAAUUACACAUCUUUGACCUGCAUGGGUUCAAACCGUCUGAAUCAUCUUGUCUGUGUAAUUGUCAUUUUAACUGUUUUUCAAUCAAGUUUAACAAAUCAUUUUGAUGCCAAACAGUUGUUAAUGCAUCUGGGGUUUGGGAAUGGGGC